AUUCUGAUGAGCGGUUUCUCGCUUACAGACAGAUAAGUGUUAGCAUGAUUCCAACGGCCUCGUGAAGAUUAAUGUGAGAGAUUAACUCCGUUGCUCACUUCGUCUGAGACAUCUGUACAUCAGCGAACCAGUUCCACCAGUUCAUCUCCGCUCACAGUGUUUGCUGUCACCAUGGCGAGGUCCGGAUGUUGCGUGAGUUCUGCCGAGAGUUUCGCACAUUAAGAAACGGACCAUUUCCAGCUCGCACGUUCUUCGUCAGUGUCAGUGAAAUCGUUCAGUGGAAGCAUGUUUACUACGGCGCUGUUAGCUGGUCUCGAACCGCACCGUGAACGGAUCGGACAAGCUGCCGGGUUACUCACGGUGGCACAGUACCUGGCAGGAUGGUUCAUUUGUAACGACAUUCGUCGCCGUGGAACUACGGUCGGUGUAUCACCGCUUCGUUUCAUCGGUGGAUGUGGACUCUCCAUUCUUCAACUGCAGUAUUCUGAAAAACUUCAAGCACCGGCACUAAUCUGGACAAGCAUUAUUACAUUAACCUUUUCCGUACUUUAUUCGCUUUGGUUCUGUUGGUACACACCGGCAAAUUUGAGAGCAUCCUUCUACAGACUAACGAUUGCUAUAGCUACCAUUACGGCAGGCCUUUAUGCAUAUGGCGCCCAAGGUGACAGUCCCGAAAUAAUGUACCGACUAGGACUGGUGCUGACAGUGCUAGCGCUCGCUUUCAUCGCUUUACCCCUUGUUCAAUUACGCUCCAUUAUUCGCGCCAAGAGCAGUGCCGGAUUGCCACUGCCGGCCAUACUCGCCUCCACCGGUGCAACCGUUCUGUGGCUUCUGUACGGACUACUCAUCAACAACACGUUCAUAGUGGUUCAGAAAAUCAUUGCAAUGGGUUUGUGCACCGUUCAGCUAUCGCUGUUUAUCAUUUAUCCAGCAUCCAAAGCCGACGAGAGAAAAAAGCAACGCUAAUCCACCGUGAACAACGAUCGCCAUUCAAAAUAUUCUAUCUUCUGCUUUCUGUUGUUAUUUGGACGCCAAAAAGUUUGGCCUGCCUGCUGGACAGUUGAUAAGCCAUUUGGUAGGCACGAAAUCAUCCGGUCUGCUCAUGGAUGAUUCUAGAUGCGACGUUCUACAGUCAGUUUUUUU